GUGGUCUCCACCUAAAGUCAACAGUUCAACCAACUUAACUUGGCAUCAAAUUAAGCUUCAAUAUGAAGAUCUUUGGGACUUUUUCGCUGGCGCUGGCCACCCUGGUCAUCCUAACAUCUGCUGAUAUCUCCCUACAGAACGGCUACAUAUAUAGUAACCAGCAACAGCAGCCCAUCUACAAUGCUCGGCAACAACCGCUAAUCAUGCAGCUGAUCCCUUCCCUGCCACAACAACAAAUACAAGACAAUAGAAACAAGCCAUUGCAAAUUAACCAGCCUAGCCAGCAGUAUUUGCCUGGACUACAACAACCACGGCAGCCACUACCACCACAACAACCAUUACAACCAUUACAACCAUUACAGCCGUUGCAACCCUUACAACCCUUACAACCUUUGCCACAACAACGGCAGCCACAAAAGUCUGCACCUUUGGCACCACACACAUUGCCAAUGCCUUCGAACUUCCCUACGUCAGCUGGCUUUCAAUUAUCACUAGCACCCGUGAAUGUUGCCAAGCAUCAACGCCGUCCACGUCCACGCGUUAAGAUCCCCAAAAAAGCUAUAGUGACCAAGAAUUUCUUCAUCCACACAGCACCAGAGGAAAGCGAGGACGAGUUGCAAGAUGAAUUUACCCAAUUGUCCGCACAGCCACGCAAACACUAUAAUGUGCUCUUCGUAAAGACCCCAGCGCAGACGAGCAAGGCUGCUGCUGUCAAUUUGGCUAAGGCACUGCAUGAGGAGAAGACCGUUGUUUAUGUGCUAUCGAAGAAGACAUCUGCAGCCGAUUUGCAAGAAGCCAUUCAAGAGGCGCCACAACAUAUCAACAAACCCGAGGUGUUCUUCAUUAAAUAUCGCACACCCGAGGAGGCCGCCAAUGCACAGCGACAAAUUCAGUCGCAAUAUGACAGUUUGGGCGGCACUUCUACCAUCACCGAUGAGGGUUUGGCGCCCAUCACUUCUGUUGUGGGUUCACUCGAUGAGCCAGAGGAGGAAGAAAUCGAGGAAGACCAACAGCUGCCUGAACAACAAUUGCCUCAGCACCAACAGGCCGGUCCAGAAGCACAAUACGAGGAUCAGCUCUCGAAUGGCAUCAGUCCACCUGCUCAGUAUUUGCCACCCGGGAAUAAGUAUUAAAGAUUUUCAUUUUGCCAAUGAAUGCUUAAUGUUAGUUGUUAUGAAAUUAUUGUUGCACACUCGUAUACGAACAGAUUUUCAUAGUUCAAGAAAUUGCCAAUAAUUUUCAUUUGUUAAUCUA